AUGUCUCUAUUUGCAGUUGACGGAUGGGGCUUGGAAGGUAAGAAGGUUGCUGAAGCCGUUCCGAAGCCCAAGCCGGCUAAGGAAAAUAAUGCGACAAAGAAGAAGGGAAAAAAGGUGAACAAAAAGAACCAGAAGCAGGGUUCCAAGGUGGAUCAGGUCCAGCAGGAGGACACAACCAUUUCUUCUGCCGUGAAUUCUGAUAAUUCCAAGACCAAGCCUGUUCAGCAGAAACCUUCCAAAGCUCCUCAGACUGAAACUAACUCGUCGCUUACUCCACUCCAACGCAAAAUGAUGGCCAAGCUGGCCGGAUCGAGGUUCAGAUGGAUCAACGAACAACUCUACACAAUCAAGUCUGACGAGGCUUUGAGACUGAUACAAGAGCAGCCAGAACUAUUUGAAGAGUACCACGAGGGUUUCAGAUCACAAGUCCAGUCCUGGCCGGAAAAUCCCGUUGAUGUCUUUGUUAAUCAAAUCAAAACUCGAGCUACCACCAGACACGUCAAUGCACCAGGAGGUCUUCCUGGACUGGCAAAUAGCAGAGUGGUAAUUGCCGAUAUGGGAUGCGGAGAGGCCCAACUUGCGCAGGACGUGAAGAAGUUUAUGUCAUCAAUAAAAAAGAAGAAGAUAAAGAUAGAUGUGCACUCAUUCGACCUGAAGAAAGCCAACAACUUUGUGACAGUGGCUGACAUCAAGAACGUUCCGCUUGCGGACGAGUCUUGCACAAUCGUGAUAUUUUGUUUGGCACUGAUGGGUACGAAUUUCCUCGAUUUCAUUCGGGAAGCAUACAGACUACUGGCUCCAAGAGGGGAGCUGUGGAUUGCGGAAAUCAAAUCUCGUCUGAGCGACGAGAAGGGAACCGAAUUCAUAGAGGUUCUCAAGAGUUUUGGAUUUUUCCACAAGUCUACCGACGACUCCAACAAGAUGUUUACUCGGUUUGAGUUCUUCAAGCCACCACCGGAUAUCCUAGCUGAGAGAAGGGCAAAGGAGGAAAAGAAGCGCAAAUUUGUUGAAAAGGAGAACAAGCUGGAAGCUCUUGAGACCAAGAGACAGAAGCGACCUGAGGGGGAGUGGCUAUUAAAACCUUGUAUUUAUAAAAGACGCUAA